UUUCCUUAUAAAAACUAACAUCUUUGGCCUUCUCUCCAUACCCACACCUCUAAUUUUUCUUUUUCAUCCUCAACCCAUUUCGCUGCCUCUGCUUUUUGUUCCAUAUCCAUGGCGGGUGAUCUCCCUGAAGUUGUGAAGAAAGAGGAGACAGGAGGGCUGAAGGUGAAAAUCACAGGCAAAACCCAUGUCAAACCCGCCAAGAAACUCGACAAAAAAGAGUUCCAAUUGGUCACAUUUGACCUCCCUUAUCUUGCCUUCUACUACAACCAAAAGCUCCUCCUCUACGGCGACAAUGGCGGCGAGGUUCGCUUCCCUGAGAUGGUGGAGAAGCUCAAGGAUGGCCUCGAGACGGUUCUCGAGCCGUUUCAUCAGCUUGCUGGGAGGCUAGGCAAGGACAAGGAUGGCGUUUUUAGAGUCGAGUAUGACGAUGAUAUGGAAGGUGUCGAAGUGGCUGAAGCUGUCGCCGACGAUAUCUGCAUAGCCGAUUUGGUGGCGGAGGAAGGCACCGCCACCCUCAAGGAGCUCAUUCCUUACAAUGGGAUACUCAACUUGGAAGGUCUCCAGAGGCCAUUGAUGGCUGUUCAGCUAACCAAGCUUAAAGACGGAGUCGCGAUGGGGUGCGCGUUCAAUCACGCGGUACUUGAUGGAACUGCCACGUGGCAUUUCAUGAGUUCAUGGGCUGAGAUCUGCCGUGGGGCCCAGGACAUAUCCGUCGCGCCAUUUCUCGAGCGUACCAAAGCGCGCAACACGCGAGUGAAACUCGACAUAACGCUUCCGCCGGAACCCGCCGCUGCCAACGGCGACUCGAAGGAAGCGGCGGCGGCGCCACCGCUAAGGGAGAAGGUCUUCAAAUUUACAGAAGCAGCCAUCGACAAGAUCAAGUCAAAAGUGAACUCAACAAACCUUCCAUCGGACGGUUCAAAUCCAUUCUCCACUUUCCAAUCGCUCUCCGUCCAUAUAUGGCGCCACGUCACCCAAGCCCGAAACCUAAAGCCAGAGGACAUCACCGUGUUCACCGUUUUCGCCGACUGCCGCAAACGCGUCGAUCCGCCAAUGCCGGAGAGCUACUUCGGAAACCUAAUCCAAGCCAUAUUCACCGGCACCGCCGCCGGGCUACUACUAAUGAAUCCGCCGGAAUUCGGCGCCGGCGUGAUUCAAAAGGCAAUCGUUUCACACGAUGCGGCGGCGAUCGAUCAAAGAAACAAAGAAUGGGAGAGCGCGCCGAAGAUCUUCCAGUUCAAGGACGCAGGAAUGAACUGCGUGGCGGUGGGGAGUUCGCCGAGAUUUAAAGUGUACGAUGUGGAUUUCGGAUGGGGAAAACCGGAGAGCGUGAGAAGUGGAUGUAACAACAGAUUCGACGGAAUGAUGUAUCUGUACCAAGGGAAGGACGGAGGGAGGAGCAUUGAUGUGGAGAUAAGCUUGGAGGAAGAAGCUAUGGCGAGGCUGGAGAAGGACAAGGAGUUUCUCAUGGAGAAUUAGGGUUUCGCAGUGGUUGAAUAAGUGGAAGACAAAAUUGCAGUGGAUGAAAAUGGUGGGAUUUUUAAUUUCUUGGGGAAAUUGCCUUUAUAUUGUUAUUAUGCGACUUUUUUUUACUGUUGGCGGGGGGGAUGAAAUCAAACUAAUAUUCCUUGUCUUUUUCUUCUUUUCUUAUUGUGCUCGUUUAACCUUGUAAUAUCUAUGCAUAUUUUUAAUUAUGGCAAAUUUGUUACAAAACUUUGGAUUAUAUAUAUA